UAUGGGCUGUCGGAAUGUAUCCUGUCGGUAAUGAAGAUUGUUUGAUUGAAUUAGUAUUAUUUGUGCUGAUUGAUGGUGAAGAGAGAGAUCUAGAUACACAGGCUAUUUUUGAGAAAGAUGAAUUCUAUUCUGUUAGGGGAAAAAUUGUUCCUGGAAAAUACAAUAAUGACAUUAGGCCAAAGAUGAUAGUUUCAUCAUCUACACAGUUAAGAAUACUUGAUAAGGUUCCAUUAUUAAAUAGAUGUCCCUUAAAAGUUUCUUUGGUCAGCAUCAUUCAAGAAACGCCAAACGAAAUUAAGAACAAUGUAAAUGCAAUUUUUGAGAUGGUUAUAAGUGAUUAUGCAGUUCACGAUCAUAAAUUUAUUGUUAAGAUUAUUUAUCCUUAUCAUAAACGAAGAUUUGAUUAUAUCAAAAAUAUUAUUAAACCACAAGA